AGUCUUGAAUUGGCUGGCGUUCGCGACGGAGCGUCGGGUGAUGUGACACGAUUGUGACAUGUGUCAAGCGAGUGCUGUUGCUGCUGCGGUUUACGUUGUGGCUGUCACUCCUUGAACGUGGAUCGAUUUAGAACGGUUCUGUUUUGCCGCGAAAGAGAAGAAUUACGAGAAUGGUGGACGGGCACGACUCGAUGGAAACGACGGAGAAUAGCGAUGGACCCCGUGAGAAGGAAUCACGAACGGUGGUGGAGAGCAACGAGGAUGCACCGCAACAAACCACCAGCCCGACGACCACCAUAAGCACCAUAGCCGUGCAGAGCGGUGAAACGCGUCUGGUGAUCGCUCUACUUCAAAGCGGGGAAUGGCUGAGACUGAAGGUUCUGGAGGUUCAACCAGAAUUAACGAAGCUCGGGGCUUCUGUGGAGGAAGCUACCGAGUUGUCGACUGCACACGACGAAGUUUUACUUCGAUUGCAGAGCAAACAGAGCCCGGUGGAAGAAUUACUCCGACAGGCUGAUCAGUUGAUUUCGAACCAAAGGCCAAGAGCGGAAGUCUACGCCGCGAUGGCGGAAACGUUGGGCCAAGCAUGGAGGGACGUGAACGAGCUUUUGGAGCGACGAAAACAAAUUCUCGACUGUAACGUGUUGUUUCAAUGCCGAGCAGAGGAGUGUCGAGAAAGCAUGAGAGCCCUCGAAAUGGCCUGCAACGACACCCUACUCCCAAUCGAAAUCGAGGCGGUGAAGAACUUUCUGUCAAAGAUCCACGAUCUUCGGAAGAACAUGUUAGAGGCGUUGAUGGGCGCUUUGCAAGAAGGAAAGAAUUUAUUGGACAGAUUGAAGGAGAUCGCGAACGAAGGCACUUUGGAUUCCAGACCCGACAGGAUUAAGCUCGAAGCUGAUCACGCCGUAUUGAAAGUGGAAAAGUGGUUAGAAGAACUGCACGACAGACGACGUUUGAUCGAGGCAUCAUUUCGUAGCAGAAAGACACAGUUGGAACAAUGCCUGGCUCUAGCUCUGUUAGCGACCGAUCUACGCGAUCUUGAAGAGAUCCUAAACGACAGAAUCGCUGCUUUAUCUAGCAGCUGCGAUCAGCUUGGAGAUUCCGCGUCCAGUGCGGAAUUGCUCCUUUUCGAGCUGAAGAAAUUACAAGCCGAAGCCAAGGAAUUUCAAGACAGAUCGAUCAAAAUAACGAAGUCAACCGAACGAUUAGUGUCAUCGGGACACUUUGCCGGCGAACAAGCGACGGAACAAGCGUACGCGAUUCUCGGCGCCGCUGCUGAUUAUGUCAACGAUUUGGAUCAGUAUGAGUCGCUGUUGAACAGAGCCGUAGCCUUCUUCGAUUCGGCUCGAUCGGCAAUCACGAAACUGGAUCAAUUGGAGAUUCAGUUGGUGACAACCGAACAUCCACCAUAUUCAACAAGAUUAGCUCGUUUCCAUGCUCAGACGGUUCAAACCAUCGAAGAUGUCACUUCGAAACCUUUGACGGAAGGAUACGCCCUUUUGGACAUCACAGGAAGAGGAGCGCCUGGUGCUGAGGGAGUCAAACGCGCCGUGGAAGAACUCGAAAACCGCAAAAUCCGCUUAAUGGAACGCUGCACCGCUCACGAAAAAGAGAACCUCGAAAUAUCCAGAACAAUAAACACGUUCCUAGACAAACACGACGAGCUAAGAAAAUGGUUGAUGAACAUACCGGAAGCGUUUCUUCAAGGUCACCAAGAUAUGGGUAGCAACGCAGCAAUGGCGGACGACUUCUGUCGACUGCAUCGUCAACUGUUGAACGAUCUCGAACGAAGAACGGAGGAGGUCGAACAUUUGGAAUUCGAGAUUCUCCCCAUCAGAGAGAAACUGGAGGAGUCGCAGAAAGCGGAGUUGCGAUCAAAGGUCGAGGAACUUGAACGUUCUUGGUCGAAGACGAAGGAGCUUGUGGCUAAUAGAAUCGAGCUUGGAUCUAUUUAUUUGCAAUUUCAUGUGGUUGCUGAGGAAUUGAUGAAAGAGGUUGAGUCGAUAGAGAGCGAGUUGAAGAGGAACGCUGAUGUUUUGGAUGAGGGAAAGGUUGAGGAACUUGGGAGACGGUGGAAGGACUUACAGCCGCUUUAUGUGAAACUGACGGGGAGUGGGAAAGCAUUUUUGGAUGCUGCUAUGAAGAUCGACGAUCCCUAUCUAGACGUGCCAAGAGCCUGCCUCUGCGUUCAAACUUUGCUAGAAAAAUUCGCCAACAGACAACUAACCGUGACAGAGUCCUGGGAAAAAUGGCGGACCACGAUUGAAAUUUUAAGAGAAAGACGCAUCGAGCAUGAACGAAAAAUUGAAGAAAGCACUAGGACUUUAGAAUGGGUCUCGAAAUUCAGCGAACAACUGUAUCCUGUCAUAAUGUCAGAGUCUAUUGAAACAGUCAUAAUUCUGAGAGAUUUGAAUGGAUCGAAACAACGCAUACUUCCUGAGUUGAAUAAAGCUGUCAAUGAGUUGGAUAGUAGAAUCAAAGGAAUCAAUACAUCUGCUCAAAAAGGUGAAGUGCACGUCGACGAAGAGAUCCUGAAGAGGCUCCACCAAAUGCACGAGGACCUCCGCAAAACAGCGCGAGAUUACGAGAUCCUCCUCGAGUCCCUAAUCGCCAUUUUCCAAAGCAUCGAAGAGGUGGAGCACAAAAUCCAACAACUGAAAGUGCAAGUGGAACGAGUGACGACCCUGAAGAAAGUUUUCGAGGUGGAAGCAGCGUUCAGCGAGAUCGACGCCAUGAAAUGGUCCAUCACAGAUCGAUUAGGUCAAAUCAGACUGAAAGUGCAGGACGCGAUCGCUAGAAUCAAGCAACAGGAACCACCGGAGGCUGGUGUCAAAGAUAUCGAGAAGCUCAGACGAGCUUUGGAUUCCUUGACGACUGACUUUGAGAUAUUCUGGUCGCAAACGACUACCAAGGUUGAGGAGUAUCGAAGAACUUGUAACUUUGCUGAGGAUUUGGAGAGGAUCGAUGCUGAAUUGAAGGACUUGAACGAACACUUGAAGAAUGUGGAUGCUAGAAUGGGAGAGAAUCUUCAGACUGCGAAGGGCACUGCUGCUUCUUUUGUGCAAUUUGAGAAAACUGUCACGAUACUAGAAGAAAGAAUCGAGAAGUUCAUAAAAACAACAGAAGAGUCAAUCAAGGUUCUAACGCCUCAAAUAACGGAGGACAUCUCCUCGCUGCAAGAAAGAUGGCGGAGUCUGAAGAAGAAAAUGGAAGACACAAAGAAGCGAAUGAACCUGUGCAUCGAUUAUUUCGUGCUUUUGGAGGAGGCUAAAGAAUGGAAUAAAGAGGGUAGUAAAUUAUUAAUAGUGAUUGCGAGGAAAGCUACUAUGGUGAAGGCUCCACAAGAUGCAACCGAUUUGCUUCAUGAAAUUGAGAAUUAUUUGAAACCCGGGGAAGAAGUGCAGGAAAGGAGAAUUGAGAAGUUGAAGGAACUCUCAACCAUCGUUUUUGGUACCGAGAGAUUGCCCCAGUUCAACGAGGUGAUAGUAGAAAAUCGUCAAAUGUUGGACUCUUUCGCGGUCGUUUCAUCCGAGCUUCGUACGUUAGUUCAGAACUUGAAGAACGCCGAAGACUUGCAAGAGAAACUAAGAAUCGAGAAACAGGAGGCUGAUGAGAAGUUACAAGCCGCCAAAGUGGAGAUGGCUGCUGCUGCGGCGGCAAGACAGGAAGCGGAGAAUGCCAGGAAAAUUGCUGAGAAGUUGGCGGCUGAGACUAUGGAAAAGGCAGCGAGCGAAGCGAAGAAAGUGAGGGAAGAAAGGGAGGCUCAAACUAUGGCGCCUCCAUCGUUCUCUGUGUCGGCGCAGACUGAGAAAAUUGAGAAGAUCGACGAAAAUUAUAUUCAGGAGACUGUUACUUCUGCUGUUACUACGAAGGAGAUACAUAUUUUGCAAAAGUUGCAGACGGAGAUCGAAAAGACAGUACCAUCGGUCCAACGCGAACCAAGUCCCAUAAAGAAAAUCGUGACGGAAGAAUCUCAAGAGAAAACGUUCGAGAAGAUAGAAAAAGACGUACCGCCAUUAGCGCCAGAAUUUACGGUUCCUUUGAACGACGCGACAGUGCAAGAGGGUGAGAAAUUCUCGUUCCAGUGUAAUCUCGUUGGUCAUCCAUUGCCAGAAGUGGUUUGGUACAAGGAUGGAAUUUCAAUUCUGAAUAAUCCUGAUUAUUUGACGACUUAUGUUCGUAAUGUCUGCACUCUGACCAUCGAGGAGACUUUUGCGGAAGAUUCUGCGAAAUACACUUGCAGAGCUUUUAAUAUCGCUGGGUCGGCUGAGACGUCGGCGACGUUGACUGUUAAAGAAACAGCACCCGAAGAACAACCAAGUCCUCCAGUAUUCGUGAAAGAAUUAGUGCCAUCGACAGCGAUGGAGGGUUCCUCCCAUCAAAUGGAUUGCGUCGUCGAGGGUAAUCCUUUGCCAACGGUUCAAUGGUUCAAAAACGAUAUUAACAUCGAUAACUCACCGGAUUAUAUAAUUACGUACAAUAAUGGUGAAGCUGUUCUAAAAUUCGAAGAAGUGUUCCCGGAAGACAAGGCUAUUUACAUGUGUAAGGCGACUAAUCGAUUGGGGCAGGCUUCGACUUCUGCUUCUCUUAAUGUGCAACGUUCAGAGGUUUCCACAGAGAAGCCAUAUUUCGUUACGCCUCUGUCGAACGCCAUGGGUAGAGCAGGUCAAAGGGUGAAACUCGAAUGCGAAGUAAGGGGAAAACCCAUGCCCACAUUGACAUGGUACCAUGAUGGCCGACCAGUUGAAGAAACCAUGAACUUGAAGAUACAAACGGACAGCGGAAGGAGUAGUUUGAUCAUCUCGGAGGCGUUCGCGAAGGAUGCGGGAUGUUACAUGGUCGUCGCGAAGAAUGAUGCUGGCGAGGCUACGGUGUCUUGCAACGUUUCGGUAAAAGGACGACUUCCGCACGAAACCAGCGAUUCUGAAUUCGCGGGCAGCGAUAUGGAGCCCGUGGUUCCGAAGAUUCAGAUGCCUUUGAAGGAUUUGAAGGUGCAGGAGGGUCGAUCUGUGCGGUUGGAUUGCGUUAUUGUGGGGCAACCUGAACCUGAGGUGAUUUGGUACCACGAUGAUCAACCAGUGAAAGAAUCAGCCGAUUUUCAGCUGCUGUUUCAAGGUGACAAGUGCUCUUUGCUCAUUCAUGAGGCUUUCUUGGACGACGCCGGUGUUUACAAAGUAGUCGCCAUUAACUCGGGCGGCGAAGCUUCUAGUCAGUGCAUCUUAACAGUAACACCGGUGUCUAUCUCUCACGACUUAGAGAAAACGAAACCAGAAGAGAAGGAAACAACCGCCACAGGUUCUCCACCGAAAUUCGUGAAGCUUCCAACUGAUUCCUUAAUAGCCGAAGGAGAGAACGCAAUCUUCGAAUGCGCAGUAGUUGGUGAACCAAAACCAGAACUAAAAUGGUUCUCCGACAGCGGAGAGAUUAACGAAAGCGAAAGAAUCCGAAUCCAACGGAAAGAAGAUGGCACUAGUAUUCUAAGAAUCAUAUCGGUGGUUCCUGAAGACAAAGGAAAUUUCGUGGUCAAGGCAUCCAAUGUACACGGAGAAGCUAAAGCCUUCGCAAGAUUAGUGAUCAGAUCAUUGGGUGAUUUUAGACGAAAAGAAGAAUUCGUGCAGAUGGAAGAAAAAUUAAUUGCUCCGACGUUUAAAGAGAAAUUCGAGGAUAGGAAAGUUUCUGAGGGGGUUUCUACCAAGUUUGAGUGCAUCGUGGUUGGGAAACCGUCGCCCAAAAUUCAAUGGCUAUUUAACGAUCGUCCCGUUCAUGGCAAGGACUUCUUGGUAUCGGUCAGUGGAGAUCGACAGGUUCUGACGAUCCCAGAGACCGGAAACACGCAUGUUGGAACGAUUUCCUGUGUGGCGGAGAACGCUGCUGGCAAAGCGAUCUGCAGUGCUCGUCUAGAGAUCGGCUGGGAGGAACAGAGGGAUAAAAAAGAGGUAGUAGAAGAAAAGUUAUACGAGAUAGUAAAACGACCCGGCGACGAGAUGCAUGCAUCAAGCAGCAGCGAUAAACACUUCUCCUCGGAGAAGACCGAAGUUGGAAGCGAGAAUAAAGUGUUGACGAAAAUGUCGGAGACUGUGACGGAAUCUUCUACGACACAUAAAACGUUGACCAAGGAAUAUAUAUCGUCGUCUAUGUCUUCGAGUUUGUCGAAACCUGGAGAAGAACCGACUAGUGUUUGCGUGAAGACCACGGUUUUGAGCACGGAACAGUCGUCGUCGCAGGAUGGAGCUCCUCCUGUUGUUCAGUCAUACAAGGUGGAAGAACACGAGAAGAUAAUCCAAGACCAGCCAGGUGAAAUCCGUCAAGAAAAGACUGUAGUAGUGUCUCAAGAUGAAGAAGGAAUUAAACGUGACAUCAAAGCAACACAGAUACCAAAACCUGUUAGAAAAGCCACAGCACCAAGGUUCGUUUCACCGAUCACCGGCAUGAUUGUGGAUCAGGGUAGCGACAUCGUUCUUGAAGGAAUCAUUGAUGGUUUCCCCCAGCCUGUAAUCACCUGGUCAAAGAGUGGACAAGAAUUAAAAACGAAGGAUGGAAUGACGAUCACAUAUGCGCACAAUCAUGUACGUUUGGAGCUGAAGAACGUGAACGUUAAGGACGCAGGACGGUAUACUUGCAGUGCAAGUAACGAAGUUGGUUCUGCGAGCAGUACUGCAGAUCUCGUUGUCAAAAAAACGAUAUUCCCACCGGUGUUCGGCAGAAGACUCCAAGCUCAAGUGGUGAAACGAGGAGAACGUGUUAACAUGGAGGUAGAAAUCACAGGAACCCCAGAACCUACAGUUACCUGGUUCAAGGACGAUAUUCCUAUCAAAGAACGUCCACCUGAGCUGCGAAUCAAGCAACAGGGAAAUUGUUACAUGCUAAUUAUCGACAAAGCUGAGAAAUCACAUGCUGGAAAGUACAUGGUUCGUGCAACAAACGCCGGUGGAGAAGCGCAAAGCAUAGCCGAUUUCGCUGUUUUCGAACCAACGCCUGAUACCAUGGUCGAAGUUCACAAAACUGUCAUCUACGAAAACAUGCAGGACAAAAAAUUACUUCAGUCCGACGAAAAGAAGGCGGAAGUUCCUUCCAGCAAACUCUUCAGCGAUCAGAUAUCAACAACAAAGAUCCAACCAUCAGCAACCAUAAAAACAACCCCCCUCGUAUCGACAUCUGUAUCACAAACGACCCGCACCGUAGAGAAGAUCAAAGAGCCCGAGACCGAAAUGUCUCGAUCAGAGACCAUUUCCUCCACCCUCGAAUCGCACAAAACCGAAACAAAGUCUGAGCAAAAGUUCCACAUGAAGCUCGAGCACCAAACCCCAUCGGUAGUCGAACCGAAAACGGAAGCAAAGACAACGAUCAAAGAAGUAAUACGCGAAGAGGUGAGAAGCGAGCCUAAAAGCACGGUGUUCGAGGAGAAGAUUGAGAACGAGAACGUAGAGACGUCAAGAAUAGCCAAGAAGGACGCGUUAAGCUUCUUCGAGUCGAUGACGAGGGAAACGGAAACUGUUCCCAAAGGACCGAAAGAGAUGAUCAAACUGGUUGACGACGCGGACGGCCACGAAGUGAAGGUUGGAAAACUCACGAAGAACUAUGAGAAGUCCACCAUGUUCCAGGAGGUGAAGAAACCGGAGCCUAAGCCUCCAGAGAUGCAUACAACAAAGAAGGCCGUUCAUGAAAUUUUCACCAAACUGGAGCAGGGAACACCCUCUCGAGGCGUUGACAAUAAAUUAUUCGACUUCCCGUACGAACCUUACAAGCCCACCGUGGAGACCAAGAAGACAGUCAUGGAGGAGACCAUCACCUCCGGUUCCUCGCUUCAGGGUUCCCUGACGAUGUCCAAAAUGGAGAGCAAGAUGGAGAGCAAGUCCCAAAGCGAGAUACUGAUGGGAGGCUUCAAUCUGGUCCCAGAGCCUCCUCCGGAAAUCGGCUACAUGCCGAAGCCCGAGGAGGUUAAAAAAAAACGCCCUGACGUGUCUAUCAAAGCUAAACAGCUGCAAGAGUCCUUUGACAAGACCCUGUCCCCCAUCGAUGCCCCGAUCGGCGGAGUGAAGAUUUUUCCGACACCUUCGCCGAAGAUCCCCGAAACACCUAAAGUCGCACCUCCAUCGUUUUCCAUGCCACCUCCGCCAUUCGAACUCGAGAAGAAAGAGGUAGUCGAAGAGGUCUGCGUGAAGAAGGACGUCCACGAGAAGAAGGACCUGCCUAUGAGACCGGUGUCCCCCAGCAGGCCUUGGUCCUCGUCCUCGGACGUGGAGACGAGGUCGCACGUGUCCACCGACUUAUCGGAGUACAGGUGUCACUCGGCAGCGUCCAGUCACCAGGAGAUCCUGAGGGCUUCCUCGCCGAGACCGUCGGCCGACGCGCUGGCCAUGGAGAAGUCCUGGGCUAAAAAGUGCGCGGACUCCAGCAGGAAGUCGUGGCCGCCUCAGGAGGAAACCAGGUUCAAACCCGAGUGGCAGGUGCCUGCGGAGGAUUACAAGACGUCGAGCAAGGAAUUCAAGACCGAAGUCGAGGAGACCGAAGGAGGAAUCAAGAAGACCAGCAUAGAGACCGCCAGCACGGUCGAGAGACGCUCCUGGAGCAGCAAGCAAGACACCACUGAGAAGAUAUCCAGACGAGCACCGUCUCCUCCAAAAGGACCUAUUAUCUACAACGCAGAGACCAUCAAGGUGGACCACAAGUUGAACAAGUUCGAGGAGAAGUCUCUGUUCCAGAAGUACUCCAGCGAGUGCGACGUGAAGAAGUCGCAGAAGUCCGAGAAGAUAGAGGACUACUCGAGGAAGUGGACCGGUGCCGAGGAUUUGAAGGCACCCGGUCUGGUUAGGAGUUUGGAGACACCUAAGAAGCCGAUGGCUCCGUUUCCACCUGUUGAACCACUCGUGACUGAUCAGAUUAUUCUGGAGCCGGGUCCUCCACCUGAAAUAGGAUACAUCCCACCAGUGCCGGUGGUCAGAGAGAAGAAGAUCGAGCAGAUAGAGAAGACACUCGAGGUGUCGCUGGAACAUAAACCGGCUAAAAUCCCGCCGGGAGCUAUCAGAACGAUUCCCCCAGUACUUAAGAAGGAGGAACCCCCUGCGUUACCACCGAAGGACGUCCGAAUGACCCCACCGCCGAUACCUGCGAAGACCCCCAUAGAACCACUGGAACCCUUCCCCUUCAAACCAUCCCCUACGCCACCCAAAACCCCCAAGGUAGCUCCUCCUCCAACCCCCUCCAAGUUCGUGAAGGGAUCGUUCGCUGCGGAGAGCGACUACGAGUCUGACAUCGACGGUCAUUUGAAAGCAAAAUGGCGGCCGUAUGAGAGCGACAACGAGGAGCCCCGUUAUCGAAGGGUGCAGCCACCAGUGCCCAAGCAACCCAGACCGAGGUCCACGGAGCCCGAGCCUCUUCCUCCAUCCAAGUUCGAGGUUCCUCCAGCAUCCACGGGUCCGCCGCGGCCGGUGCUCACUAAGGAGCAGGAGAAGACGUACAAGAAGACCACCACGUACAAGAGACAAGAGAAGGAGGUGAAGGAAUUACAGCAGAAGUAUCAACCGCCGAAGGUGGCGCCUCCACCCGUGGAACUGAAACCCGGCUCUCCUCCGAUCUACGUGCAGCCCGCCAAGAGUCCUACGCCUAAGAGUCCACCUAUCAAGAAACCAGAGUCUCCGAAGUUCAAGGUGAAGACGUUCCAGCAGGAGAGCGGAUACAUGGCGGACACCGACGAACCCUUACAGCAGAAGUCCUCGGUUGCCUCAUUGUCGAAGAGCUUCGGUAAACAGGAGUCCUCGUCUUCGACGUCCUCGCACAUGGAGUCGCGCACUUCGUACUCCGAGAGCCGCUCGGAGUUCUUUGAGAGCAAAAGUUACGAGAGCCGACAACAGCAACAGAAGAAGGAAUCGAUCGUUUCUGCGCCCACCAGUGUGAAACAACCUCCUCAACGCACCUCCAUUGUGGAGAAGAGUUACGCUUCCUCUGCCGUCUCCUCGCCGAGAUUCAUGUCCGCUAAGGACACAGUUUACACCACGGAUCAAUCGCAAAAGAAAUUCGAGGCACCGAAGAAGAUAGUGCCGCCAUCUUUGAGUCCUUCCAGAUUCGUUAAAGGCGAAUUUCGAGAAAGCGACUACGAGAGCGACUAUGACGGCAGAAUACCACCUCUUUGGAAACCACGGGGCUACGAAAGUGACGAUCAAACUUUCAGACCCGUGAAACCUAAUCUCACUGGUCCAGGAAAGCCGAAGGUGCGGGAGGAGACGCGAGGCUCGCUGAUCGAGGAAGCGUCGAAGAAAGCGAAGACCUUCGAGAAGAAGGAGACCGUGAAGCCGAAGACCGUUCUUCUUCCUGGUUCGCCGCCGGAGAUCGCUUACGCUCCUCCUCAGCCGCAGUACUACGAGGCACGAUCGGGCAUACCGUUCCACAACGCGAUCGGCACCGAGACAAAGAAAACGGUCCGCAUGGACGAGUCGACGGAGAACAGCAGAAGGAUCGUCACCGUCGAGCAAACCAGCCGGGUCAUCAAAUUCGGCGAUCAGAAGUCCGACUACGAGAAGCAGAAGUACAAAGUGCCGACACCGAAGAAGUUCGUCCAAGGUCAAUUCAGGGAAUCAGACUACGAAAGCGAUAUUGAUACCAGAAUCAAACCAAAAUGGGCGCCUCCUGAGAGCGAUACCGAAGAGCCUAGAUACAGAAAGGUCCAACCACCUACCACGAAGAGCGUCAGGUCCUCCAGCGCUCCGGUGAGACAGGAACACGUCGUGUCACCCAUGGAGUUCGACACGGGACCACCGGUGCUGAGGAGACAGACUUCCAUGUCGCAGAUCAGGGACGAGAGCAGGUUCGACUCGCAGGUCAAAAGGCAGGUCUCCAGGCAGGAUGAGACACUGAAGCCUGGGUCGCCGCCUGAGUUUGGAUACAUCUCGAGGAGCGACGUCAAGAAGGCUGCCAAUCACGUCGCGUCGCGUCACAUGAGCGACAUGACCAGCAGCUUCAGGUCGAAGACCGAAAAGUUCGUGACCGACAUCCAAUCGGACUUGAAGCAGGGUAAACCGAUCCUGAAGCAACCUGUGGAUACUCGAGCAGACGACGAACCAAGAACGUACAGAGAAGAGUCCCGCCUCUCGGAACAUGGAACGAAGCAAAUCGACCCGGACACCGGACUGAUAUACUUCAAGUACGACUUCGGCUACGAAUUCGGGAUCGUGUUGCCCGGCGAAGGGAAGAAGACGGUGAGCAGCACGAACAGGACGAUCCAGGGUCAGAGACGAGCCAGCGACAUCGAGGUGCCCAUCGUCCACGAGUUCACGACGAGAAAGGAGAACGGUUUCGCGAAGAGGAGCACCUCUUCGGGCAGACAGAGCAAACCCACCGGGAAAUUUGGAAGCUCGAAAACGGUGAAAUGGGAGCCGACGUCGGAGAGCGAGUUCUCGGAAUCCGAGGACAUCAGGAACGCUAGAAAAAGGCACUCGCAGGGGAACGCGAUGACACCACCGAGUCUUGUUAUACCUUGUUCACCAUCGCCGUCCAGAUGGGAUCACACGACGCCCAGUCCGCUUUCCUUGAGCCCAAGCUUACCGAGCCUCUCUCCCAGAUACAGUAGUGCCACUGGACCACCCAGCAACGUCGAUUCCGCAGGAUCACCGUGGCCAACCACUAACGGAGUUACAUCGAGCAAAGAAGUGAUUCAGCCUUAUCUGGAAAUUCUACCGAAAAAGGCUCCUCUUUUCAUCACGCCUCUGAGAGACAUCGCAGUCGUCAGCGGACAAACAGCGAGAUUCGAGUGCAUCGUUCAGGCUGAACCUCAGCCUAAUAUCCUUUGGUCAAAAGAUGGCAGGAUAAUCGAGAACUCAAUAAGCUACGAGAUCCAUUAUCGAAACGGAGUUUGUCGUCUUACCAUUGUGCGAGCCUUUCCUGAGGACGCUGGCACAUACGCGUGCACCGCAACGAAUAGCUUAGGUUCGACAGUAACUUCUGCCACUUUGCUAGUGCCAGGUAACAGACGAUCAGUAUACGCGCCUAUUUAAUUAACGAGCAACAAUCAAUGUGAAAAUCUAAUACGAAGGUGGUGGAAUACUGAGCCUCUAAUUUCGUUCGAGACUCGCUCGAUCCUUCCCGAGACCAAAGAAACGUAAAUGCAAUUUUAUUGCUAAAAUCAAUCAAACUCGGACUCGUGAAAUUUUUAACGAUCUGCAUUUUGCGAAAGGGGCGAGGAGAACCUAGUCACGAAAACUGAUCGAAUAUUAGUGAGAAGAAAAUUCACGAAAGCUGGUGGAUACGCUUUUUUGUUCCUUUGAUCAGCGCGUAGUGAGCUUCCUCGAAUGCAUUUUCUUUUUUUUUUCUGUCGUUGUUGCCGUGGAACGAAAACGCUUUUUUUUAGUAGGUCGUUUCUAUCUUUUUUCAUUCUUUCUUUUCUCUUUCUUUCUCGGGUCCUCUUCAUUUUCUCGUUGAGCACGCAACUCCUUUCCGUUUUCUCCUUUCUUUUUCCGCCAUAGAAUCGCGGUUUUUAGUCCGGCCAUCUUGAACGCGUUUUAGCCGGCCAUCUUGAACGUCAAUUUUCAAAUCGAGAGCCGUGAUUCUUUCCAAUGCUAGUCACACGCGAACCACAGAGCUAUUUAUUCGAUUAACGGUGUCCUUUUUGACACUUUCGAAAAUAAUAUAUGUUAUUGCCUCACGGACGUUUGAAUAAUAUUGCAAUACAUGGCGAAUAAAUCGAAUUGUUAUUGAAUAUACUUGUCACUCGUUGCAGCAACAAUUGAUUGGUAUAAUUGUGUAAAUAAACGUGUGCUUCCUCUGCAAUAUAAAAAAAAAACUUGGG